ACAACGCAACUUCAUAUAAAUAGGAAGCUACGAAUAUUCCAACAUGUCAUCGUCCCACCCCUCUACUGCUCUCUCUUCCUCUACCCCUUUGACUAGUAGCUCUUCAGUUGCAAUUCAGUUUCAUUUGGGUUUCUUACUUUGAUUUGCAUUAAGCAAUCAGACACACUUACGCACAAGUAAGUCUCUGUACAUACACUUCUGUACAUACUCAAAUCUCAUGUCUUAAACAUUGUACAGUUUCUCAAAUCAUAGUUUCAUUCAACUCCCAAUUCUCUAGUUUCCAAUUUGAUUUAAAAGAUACUAAAUUUUGCCAAAAAGUAGCCACCUUUACUUAGAUUACCCAUAUAAAAUCUAAGCUUUAAUGUCAAUUAUAUGUGGCAUACCUCUCCUUGAGUGUGUCUACUGCCUAGCAUGUGCACGUUGGGCAUGGAAACGCUGUCUCCAUUCUGCAGGUCACGACAGUGAGACAUGGGGACUUGCAACUGCUGAAGAGUUUGAUCCUGUCCCACGUUUAUGUAAGUACAUUCUAGCUGUUUAUGAGGAUGAUUUAAGGGCUCCCCUCUGGGAGCCUCCUGGCGGGUAUGGGAUUAACCCGGAUUGGGUAAUUCUGCGUAAAACGUAUGAGGAUACCCGCGGAAGGGCUCCUCCGUAUAUUUUGUAUCUAGAUCAUGAUCAUUGUGAUAUAGUUCUUGCCAUUCGGGGGCUUAAUUUGGCGAAAGAGAGUGAUUAUGCUGUGCUUUUAGAUAAUAAGCUAGGGAAAAGGAAGAUUGAUGGGGGGUAUGUUCAUAAUGGAUUGUUGAAGGCUGCUGGGUGGGUUUUGGAUGCUGAGAGUGAGAUUUUGAAGGAGUUGCUGAAGAAAUAUGCGAAUUAUAGUUUGACUUUUGCGGGUCAUUCCCUUGGUUCUGGGGUGGCUGCUAUGUUGACAUUAGCAGUGGUGUUAAACCAGGAUAAGUUGGGGAACAUUGAGAGAAAGAGAGUUAGGUGCUAUGCUAUUGCACCGGCAAGAUGUAUGUCGCUUAAUUUGGCAGUUAGAUACGCGGAUGUUAUUAAUUCUGUUGUAUUGCAGGAUGAUUUUUUACCACGGACGGCCACACCUUUGGAAGACAUUUUCAAAUCUCUUUUCUGUUUACCAUGCCUACUUUGUCUAAGAUGCAUGAGGGAUACAUGUAUACCUGAGGAGAAGAUGAUCAAAGAUCCAAGGAGGCUGUAUGCACCUGGUCGCCUCUAUCACAUUGUUGAGAGAAAGCCUUUAAGAUGUGGAAGAUUUCCCCCUGUUGUUAGGACAGCUGUGCCAGUGGAUGGGAGGUUUGAGCAUAUAGUUCUGUCCUGUAAUGCCACUUCUGAUCAUGCAAUAAUAUGGAUUGAGAGAGAAGCCACGAGGGCACUGAAUAUAAUGCUAGAGAAAGAUCAAACAAUGGGGAUCCCGGCAAAGCAAAGAAUGGAAAGGCAAGAGACAAUGGUCAGAGAACAUACUGAGGAGUACAAUGCUGCAUUACAGAGGGCUGUUAUCCUAGCCGUGCCACAUGCUAUGUCACAUUCGCGAUACGGAACUUUUGAAGAGCAGAAGCAGGAUGAAGAGCUAACAGAAGAUGACUCAAGCAAAUCAAGCGGGGAAUCUUCUUUCGGAUCUUCUAGGCAAAGCAGGCCAAAAGAGAACUGGGAUGAAUUGAUCGAACGCCUGUUUGAGAAGGACGAAUCAGGUCAUAUGGUGCUCAAGAAGUCACAGAGAGAUAAAUGAUAAUGAUGUUGAAGCAACGUGAACUGCAUGAACAGAAAGAGAGUGGUAGUUUUACGGCAAGAGAGAUGUCUCAAUUCAUUUGUAUUAUACUGUCAGUUAGAUUCAAACUCUUGUUCAAUUUACUUGUAAAUUAAUUAGAAGAAAAGUUUUAUUCGCAAUGGCACAAAUACUUGUAAGUGAACAGAAAUACAGUGAUAUUUUUUAUAUAUUUUUUAUAAAGUAUAUAAGAGGGGUAAAUAUUAAA